GUUCCUGUAUUCAUGAAACAUUGGCAGAUCAGACUGUAUGAUGAGGGUGGCUUGCCGUCCCCACUUUGGAUCCUAGUAGAGCUGAAUGUUGAUAGAAAACGAGUAUGUUGCACAGAAUUCGCCUCUUUUCCAGAUGAGAGGCCUGUAAGGGAAGGGAAAAGAAAUGCAGGGCCACCUGUAGCUGCUGCUUCCAUUUCAAGUGCCUGGCUUCGUUGUGGUGAUGGGUUUCAGACGGCUUCUUCACUGGAGGCUAAAGAAUCUUCUGAAAAAUCAUCUAGAGCUAAAAUGUGCUUUACCUCAUUGCUCAGCUCAGUUGAAGGAAUUUCUAAAAGUGAGAGAUCAAGUGAAUGCACUGACAUAGUGUGGAGCUCCAGUGGGAGUGAGUUCUCAGAUGAUGAAAACAGGACUUUGACUUCAAGGUUCCCGGGUCUUAAAAUAGAAAAAUGUAGAAAAUAUGAUUUGAUCUACAGGGAUGAAUGCAGUGAAGGUGAAUUACAAGUAAUUGACUGGGAGAAUGACAGUGAUUGCGAAGAUCAUGUUGAACAGCCCAGUGGAUCAAAAACUGAUGACAUCCCUUUGGAAAUAUCAGACACUGAUUCUUGUACAAGCAGCAAUUUUAUGUUGGAAAAAAAGAAGGAAGAUGAACCUAAAAAGGCAAGAUCUAUAGAAAUUUCAGAAUACUCAUCAGAUAGUGAAAAUUUCGAAGAAUGCCAAGUUGAAUCUGAAGCUGCUAAUUUAGAUUUUCCUCAGAAGAACCAGUUCAGGUUUGGAGCAGAGACUGAAACAGAUAUAGGAAGGUCAGCAAGUGACUGGUUAAAAUCUGCUCAGACCCUUCUGCAGACACCUAAGAAGAAGAUAAUUAAGAGUUUAAAAACCCCAGAAGAUUCUGCCAAAAAAAGAAAAUUACUAAGGGGAGGGCUAGCAGAGAGACUGAAUACACUGCAGAAUCGAGAGAGGACUGCUAUUAGCUUUUGGAGGCAUCAGUGUAAUUCUGAUGGUCAAACACUUUCAGGUAAUAAAUCUGGUGUACUGAUUGUAAAGAUCUUAGAAAUGCAUGAAGAAUGUACUCUCUGCAUCGCACUCUGCCAUCAUUUGGCACAGACCACUUCUGAUACCUCUUCUGCAAAAGAAAUUGCUGACAUUCAGCCUAAGCUUAAAGUUCUCUUUGCAAAAGAAACAGCAGCUCAUCUCAAGGCAGCUCUGAAUGAUGUUGUACAUAUUCAUCCUCCUUGGCAAAAACUUGUCCUCCUAAAUGAAACCAUUCCAGUUAUCAUGAAUACUUAUUUCAGUCAAAAGGCCAUUCUUAAAAAGCCAGCAGAUAUGGAGAGGACAUAUUUUCAAGAACCCUUGCUGAAUAAAAGAAAUAUGUCUUUGGUCCGGAUAUUCAGUUUAUCUGAUGUAAAAGAGAAUUGGUCUCAAGCUUCUGCAGUUAAUCAGGUGUCUUGCCUGCAUAUGAAGAAUUCCAAGGCUGAGCAUGCUCAUAGCAACAACGAACUCAGGUUAUCCCUGUUUGCGGUUACUACUUUAAGUGAUUCUCUUCUUGAUAUUGUGGAAACAGAAGGAACAGCUGGAGGGAAAGGAAUCCAAGUCCAAGUAGUUGUUCAAAGGGUGUAUUACUUGGUUGCUAAAGAAAGUUCAAGAUGUCAUCUUCAGAGAAAUAAUCUUUCCCAAAACAUGGCUCCAUGGUUAAACUCAGAUCUGCCAAAUGUUCGAUUGUGCAUCCUUGUUCAGGACACCUAUGGGAUGUUCAGUGAGAUACAAUUUCAGGUUCCAUUUUCUUCUCCAGAACCAAUAGAAGAAUAUAGCAAAAGAUGGGAAGGAAAACACAGCCGUUUAUCUGGAAUGAAAAUUUUGCAAAGAGUUGUCAGAGGAAAAGUGCUGGGGCUUUUUAGCCUAAUAGACAGUUUAUGGCCUCCACGGCUGCCUCUUAAAGUUCCUGGCCGAAGUCAAGAGAAUGACAUGAUUACAGCUGAUAUGCCUCCUCCAAGUUUCUGUUACAUUCUUAUUGCUUCUUCUGACCAAAGACACAUUGAGGUAGAUGAAGGAGAACAGAUUUCAAAUUUGUAUUUUCCUCCAGCUGUGCAAUGUCUGAAGGAUAUUCUUCAGACGUACAACUUAUAUCAGUGUUGCAGCUUUUGGGCACAUGUUUUAUAUCGAAGACUGCAGGAAAAGGGGAACCCUCUGUCAAGCCAAACACAAUGUUGGCUGUUUGUGACUGAUCUCUCCCUGCAGAGUGGGGCUGAGGUCAGUCCUGGAACUCCAAAAGUUCUGCCAGUCUCAGUUGCUUCAUCCUGUGUAAUUGAUGGGGGAGUAAAGGAGGCACUCAAGAGCACAUCCCCCUGUGUUGUUUUCUUCAAGGAUGCUGUAUAUGGAAAUGGUAGGAUUAUUUGCAUUGAACGUACCGUUCUCUUGUUACAAAAGCCCCUUUUGUGUAGGGCUGCUGAUGCUGACAUCACUAAACUGACUGGUCCUGUCGAACUCGAUGAGCUGGAUUCUGCAACCCAGGUCAAUUCCAUUUGUACUGUAAGAGGCAUUGUUGUUGGAGUUAAUGAAAAAACAGCUUUCUCCUGGCCUACAUGUAACAGAUGUGGCAAUGGAAAUGUAGAACAACAUCCACAAGACAGAGAAUUGCUAUACUGCAGCCAGUGUUGUGAAGCCAUCAUUUCACCAGUUAUCAAGAUGCACCUGGAAGUCUUUGUGCAUUGCCAGUCCCGACCAUCGUCCACAGUAAAAAUCAAGCUGCUACAAAAGACCAUUUCUUCACUUCUGGACUCUUCUACCACUGAGGAUGGAAGUUAUGAAGUGAAGAAUGUGCUGGGAAAGGAGGUGGGGUUUUUAUAUUGUUACGUCCAGUCUGUAACCAACCACCCAUCUAGCUGUAUUGGAUUGGAAGAAAUUGUUCUCCUAGAUGCAGGAAGAAAAGAAAGGAAAUAAUGUCUGCUACUCUGUCCAUGAACUUUGUAACAUAGUUGUGAACUAGAUUUGUAGAUAAUGUAUAAUACAGGCAUAUUAAGGACUUAGCAGCAAUAAAUAAUUUUCAGUCUUCUGUCAGAAUAAUUUUUUAAUGUUUCAUGCUGGGCAUCUGUAAAACGACAUUAAGCUGUUCAGCUCUCAUUGCCUUCACUGAGAGAAGUUAACUCUCUGGAAUUUGCAGGUGCUUAAUUUCCCAUUGUGUAUGUGUUCAUGGCCAUCUGUUUGUUUUGUUUGUUUGUUUGUUUAAAUCCAAAGCACUAAAAUAAAGAGAAAAUUUCCAACAAUGUUUUUAGAAAAACAAUUUGGAAAUAUGUUCCAAAAAUACUUUUUUCUUGAUCUAGAAGUUAAUUUUUAGAAUGCAUUUGAAAAGUUGGAAUGCUUUUUUCUGUGUGGAUAUCAAAACAGUUACAUUGUGAGGGAAAGCAUUUUAAAUUAAUGUCUGAGCUAUGCGCAGACCUCUUUCACUGCAGCUUUGCAGACCCUUUUGGAGACCCUGUUUUGGGGCUGCAUGGAGGGCUAGAGUGGGAAGGUAGGCAAAGUUCCACAGCACUCCCAUUGGGCUGCAAGCACAAAUUUGGAACUACCGCUGUACAUUUUAGAUCCCCUGUCUGUGUUAAUGUAAAAUAUGAAUCCCAAUACAAUAUAAAGUAUGGUAUGUGUUGAACCACAGUGUGUCUGGUAUGACUUGGCUUAAUGAUGAUCUGUAUUUUUUACAAAUUUCAAAUAAAUAUUACAGACGAUUAGA